AUGAGUCCAUCAGCAGUUGUGCGCACUCAGAGCUGUCUGGAGACGACGCUGUGCAUAAGGGAAAACACUUCAUCCCCGCGGGACAUGUCAUCUGCGUCUCUGCUGGGCAGGAGCAUGUGCGCGAGCUGGUGCGCCUGCUGCAGCCGUAAUAUCCACUCCACAGACGAGAGAGUGACCUAUGAGAUGAAGAAGCCCAUUCAUGAUGUAAAGACAAUAGCCAAUGUGGAAGGAGGUGUGGUGAAGGCUGGCAGAGAGGUGGAGUGGAAAGAGCAGAUCAUCGUUCCUCCCCUCCCUCAGUCCUCCCUCGCUGGCUGUGAGCUCAUAAAGAUUGAGUAUUAUGUUAAGGUGAGUCUGAAGUCUCCAGACGUCAUGCUGAUGUUACCUAUCCACGUUGGGAAUGUCUCAUUGGACAAAAAACGAUGUUCUGUCAAAAAAGAAGUUCCUCCUUCCACUGAAAAGGCUACAGCUCCUGUUUCUUCACCAGACACCUCUGCUCCUGCCUCUUCACCAACACUACCCCCUCGUCCGGCUCCUAAACCAGCUCCCCGUCCAGCGCCGCGCUCCAGGUUGUCCUCUUACAGCUCCCCCAGUGCUCCUCCAGCUGAAUUCCCCCCAGGAGCAGAGGGUAGAAACAUUAUGAGUGAUGAUUUGUCCAACAAGCGCCAGUCUCAGCUGGUGUCGCCCCAUGCUUUCAGCUAUGCUCCCGGCCUCUUUUUCUCCCCGAACCAGCAGCCCAACGGGGCUGUGGCUGCAACUCCGAGUGGGCCGUCAGUCACAGGGGCCACAGGGUCCACUGGUCUUUACCCCCCUCUGAACAGAGCCAGCCCAACGCCAGCACCUCCAGGAUAUGGAAUCUCAUCUUUUCCACAUG